GUGGUGGUGGUGGUGUGGCCGGUACCGGCGGGUCGGAGGCGGCGGUGGCGCUGGACGAGCUCCGCUCGUGGUGGGAAGUGCCGGCCAUCGCGCACUUCUGCUCGCUCUUCCGCACCGCCUUCCGCCUGCCCGACUUCGAGAUAGAGGAACUGGAAGCUGCUCUUCACAGGGAUGAUGUGGAGUUUAUCAGCGACCUGAUCGCCUGCCUUCUUCAAGGUUGCUAUCAGCGCAGGGACAUCACAUCCCAGACGUUUCACAGCUACCUGGAGGACAUCAUCAACUACCGCUGGGAGCUGGAGGAAGGGAAGCCCAACCCGCUGCGGGAGUCCACCUUCCAGGAGCUGCCCCUGCGCACCCGGGUCGAGAUCCUGCACCGCCUCUGCGACUACCGGCUCGAUGCAGAUGAUGUCUUCGACCUCCUCAAGGGCUUGGACGCCGACAGCCUCCGCGUGGAGCCGCUGGGCGAGGACAGCAGCGGUGCCCUGUACUGGUACUUCUACGGCACGCGGAUGUACAAGGAGGACCCGGUGCAGGCGAAAACCAACGGAGAGCUGGCUCCAGACAGGGGGUGUGGGGGGCAGACAAACACCCCAAACGUUCCUGGGAAAACAGGCAAGAGACGAGGGCGACCCCCAAAGCGGAAAAAACUACUGGAGGAAAACUUGCUGAGGGAGAAGGCAGAAGAGAACAUGCUAAUCCGUGAGACUCAGAUAAGAAAUGGGUCCCAAGGGCCAGGCCGUGGGACAUGGUGGCUGCUGUGUCAGACGGAAGAGGAGUGGAGGCAGGUCACAGAGAGCUUCAGAGAGAGGACUUCCCUUAGAGAGCGGCAGCUCUACAAACUCUUGAGUGAAGACUUCCUGCCGGAGAUCUGCAACAUGAUUGCACAGAAGGAGAAGCGUCUGCAGCGGACAGAGUUUUCUCCCAGGUGGAUGUCUGACCAUCAGCCCAUCAAACCAAUCAAGCAGGAGGUAAACCCGAAUGUGCUCAGUUCGAUGGAGAAGCAGAGGCGCAGGGAGGAAGAGGAGGAGCGCCAAAUCCUUAUAGCAGUGCAGAAGAGGGAGCAGGAGCAGCUGCUAAAGGAGGAGAGAAAAAGAGAGAUGGAGGAGAAGGUCAAAGCAGUGGAAGAGCGAGCCAGGAGGAGGAAGCUUCGUGAAGAGCGGGCCUGGCUGCUGGCACAGGGGAAGGAGCUGCCCCCCGAGCUUUCCCACUUGGAUCCCAGUUCCCCUACCAGGGAAGAGCGAAGGACCAAGGAUCUCUUUGAACUGGAUGAUGAGUUCACAGCCAUGUACAAAGUUCUAGAUGUGGUAAAGGCUCACAAGGACUCUUGGCCCUUCUUGGAACCUGUUGAUGAAUCGUAUGCUCCUAACUACUACCAGAUCAUUAAGGCCCCCAUGGACAUCUCUAGCAUGGAGAAGAAGUUGAAUGGAGGUCAGUACUGCACCAAGGAAGAAUUUGUGGGAGAUAUGAAGACCAUGUUCAGGAACUGUCUUAAGUACAAUGGUGAAGGCAGUGAAUAUACCAAGAUGGCUUACAACUUGGAGAGGUGUUUCCACCGAGCAAUGAUGAAGCACUUCCCUGGGGAAGAUGGAGACACAGAUGAGGAGUUUUGGAUCAGAGAAGACGGGAGGCGGGAGAAGAGGAGCCGGCGGACUGGCCGCUCCAGCGCUGGCAAUGUUUGGACUCGGUCACGAGACCCAGAGGGACCAGGCAAGAGGCAGCAGCGCCUGGAAAACGGAGGGAAACCUCCACCAUAUCGAGCUACUUCGAGGGCUACUGCUUCUUCCUCCUCUUCCUCCUCCUCCUCCUUCUCCUCGUCCUCUGCAGAGGAUCCAAGUGGCAACCCCAUGCAGUCUUCUCGAGAAGUGGGCCCUUCCAAUGGGCGAGGUUUCCCUCGCUCGCUGCAGUACGGCGGCAUGCCCAGCCCUGUGCCACAUCCUGGCCAGAUGAGACCAGCUGUGCCAGGAACGUUCGGUCCCCUGCGCGGAUCCGAUCCAACGAAACUGUAUGGCUCACCGCGAGUGCCAGAGCCCCAUCCUGGAGACCCGGUUCAGCAGCACCAGCACUUUGCGAUGCAGCCGGCCGUGGGACUGAGCGAGCACCGUGGGCACAGGCUGGCUGCCCCUGAGAAGCAGGUGUGUGCGGGGCCAACCCAUGUCACCGGCCUCGGACCCCGUCCCGGCACCCUGCAGCUGGGGCGCGUGAGCGGCCCCCCUCCAGAUGCCGUCUACCCGCCAGCCCAGUUCCAGCAGGGCUUCCUCCCUCCAAGGCACAAUGGGCCUCCGGUGAGGCCGCCAGAAGGCUCAGAGGUGCCCCCUGGACAUAUGUACCGGCCCUACAAGUACCUGAACCGCGGGCACCCGGCCCUCUGGAAUGGCAGCCACAGUGCCGCCAGCCAGGGUGCUGUGGGGCCAGAGGAGAAGGCACCCGUGGGGCCAGCGCCCUCGCUCCAGCCCCGUGCCAUCGGCCAUAUGAUGGAGCCCCGGGCCUUACGGCCUCCUCUGCCUCCCAGCCAGUGGACUGAGCAAUCAAACUUCCUACCUCACGGGGUGCCUCCCUCAGGGUAUAUCAGACCACCUGGAAAAGCCGCCGGCCAGAGGAUGCCACAACCACCAGCCGCUCUGUUCGGGGGACCGGCUCAGGUUCAGAGAGGGUGCCAGGGCGGGGACUCGAUGAUGGACAGCCCAGAGAUGAUCGCGAUGCAGCAGCUGUCAUCCCGCGUGUGCCCGCCGGGUGUGCCUUACCACCCUCGCCAGCCGCCCCCACCGCACCUCCCCGGACCCUUUCCCCAGCUGGCUCACGCUGCCUCUGCUGGCAUGCCACCCCCCAAGCCGGUCAUGGGGAACGGGAGCUCGCAGGAUCAGACCUUGGAGCCAGAGAACAACCAAGUGGAGCCACCAGCGGGCAUGGAGGAGAAGGCUCAGUGCAUCGGCAUUCCCGACGGGGCCUACGCCAAACUCCUACCUCAUCCCAAGCCCCCCCUGUCCAUGGAGUGCACCCGACGCGCCUUGCCCCCAGAGGAGGGGGACGGCUCUGGCCUGAAGAGCGACCUGAAGGCAGGGCAGAGCAAGGGCACGUGGCCGGCUGAGAGCGGCUACGCGGGCCCACAGGGCUGCGUGAGGGACCUGGCGCCCGCCUCCGAGCGAGGAGGGCCCGUGCCCGAGAACGGGGCAGUGGGUGAGGGGCCAGCAGAGGGGAAGGGAUUGGCUGCCAGCAUGAUGGAGAAGCCCCAGUGCGGCGGGGGGAAGGCUCUGCCCGAAGCGGCCGUGCCUUGCAUGGGGCAGGGCACCAGCCUCCCUGCCAUGGACGCCAGCACCGUGGGGGCUGCCCCCAACCAGUUCCACCCUCUCUACAUGCCUGGUCUGGAGUACCCCAAUUCAGCCGCACGGUACCACAUCAACCCAGGCCUGCAAGGCUUCAGCCCAGUGAUGGGUGGGAAGCCUCCCCCUGUGUCCCACCCACAGCAUUUUCCUUCACGGGGCUUCCAGCCGAGCAACGCCCACCCAGGGGUCUUCCCCCGCUAUCGGCCCCACCAGGGCAUGCCCUAUCCCUACCAGCCCCAGCCUCAACCUUCCUACCACCACUACCAGCGGCCGCCCUACUACACCUGUCCGCAGGGCUACUCAGACUGGCAGAGGCCUCUGCACCCCCAGGCCAGCCCCAGUGGCCACCCGCCCCUGGCCAGACCCCCCUUCUCCGACCGGGGGAAUGUGAGCAGCUUGCAGGGCUGCGAGGCACUGAGCGCUGCCCUGGCUUCUCCCAACCGCAUGGACGUAGCGAGUGCCAAAGAGGUUUCUCCGAGCGACGGGCAGGAUCUGGGGCCUGAAGAUGAGAAGUCCGAGGAAUCGCAGGAGCGGCCAGAGAGUCCCAAAGAGUUCCUUGAUUUGGACAACCACAACGCAGCCACGAAGAGGCAAAGCUCAGUGGCAGCAGGAGAGUUCCUCUACGGAGCUCCCCCGCCCCACCUGGGUUCGGGAAUGGGAUUUGGGCCAUCGGCUUUCCCUCCCCAUGGGGUGAUGCUACAGACUGGCUCUCCCUAUGCAUCCCGGCAUCCUGCCAGCCAUUUCCAACCCAGGACAUAUGGAUCACCCAUGAAUGCCCACCUGUCUCAUCAUCAUCCAGCCUCUGGCCAGGCCAACGGCCUCUCUCAGGAGGGACCCCUGUACCGCUGCCGGGAGGAGAACAUAGGUCACUUUCAGGCCUUGCUGAUGGAGCAGAGAGGCAGUGGAGGUGGCAUGGGGGGGCCACCCCAGGACUUGUAUAGAUCAUCGGGAAUGCAAAUGCAUCAGGCUCAAGUUCCCUUCCCGAAGAUGCCUACAGCAACCAUGUCCCGGGAAGAUUUGACGCCACAAAAACCGUCAGCAUUGCCUCUGGAUCAAAGCUAGUCCAAGGAAGGAAGGACCUCAUGAAGACAAAAGCCACGCAUGAUUUGGACACGGGGGAGGAGGGGCAGGCCUUCCUCCUACCUUCCCCUCACCCAAGCAGCACGUAGCUUCCCGGGUCGGUGGAGCAUGGUGCCACGGCGGCUUUUGUGUUGGAAACCUGGAGCGGUGCAGGGCCCCAGCCAGCCGAGCAGCUGGCUCGCCACCACAGGGCGAGCAUCGCCAAACUAGUGGCUUUCUGUGACUGGAGACUGCGUCUCGUUCAGGGUUUGAGGGAUUUUUGGGGUGGGGAGGGCGGGGGUGGGGGCUGAAACUUUCAUUGACUGCUAAACUCAGGUAUAUUUUUCAGGGUGGAAGAGGACGAUGAUGGAAUUUUACUUGUAGUAUUAACGUGUGUGUUUUGGAGCUGGAUCCAGUUUACAGAAUUUAACCUGUUGCCUUUUUAAAUAAAUUUCUGUUGUUGGUGAAUGUAUUGUACAUAAUGGGGGAGGAGGUGGGCCCAGCUUGUAGUGGGCUUAGCACUGGAGACAUCCUUAACUGUUUACAAUCAUAUCACACUGAAAUCUUUCAGGAUAGGGUGAGGGUUUCGUGGGAGUGGGGAGAGGUGAGGGAACAUGCAAUGGAUAACUUGCUGUCCUCUGUAACUGAGACACCAACUGGUAGUUGUUUGACUGAAUAGCAGGAAUUGCUCAGGGGCAUAACAUGUCCUCCUCUUUCUCUUUUCUUUCUUCUUCCCCUCUCACCCCGGCCUCCACCCCUCUGGAUCCAGGGCCUGAGUGCACUUCCAGCUCCCUGUCAUUGUGGGGGAACAAGGAAACCAGGACCAGGAACUGAAACCAGGACAGGACAGUCAUGGCAUUGUCCCUUCUGUUAGCAUAGUACCCUCCUCCCCGCCUUUCUUGUAGGAGUACUUUAUGCUCUAGAAAACAGAAAAUGGCACAAUUGGUCAUCUUAGACUUCUUCCAGUGAAACCAGUGCAGCUGGGUGCAGAGCAGCACCUAUCCAGCAGAACAUAUGUGCAGGUUUGUACCCCUCCCUGCCUGAGGAGGGGAACCAAGUCCCUCCUUUCUUUCUCUUUCCUUGCCUGUUUUCACACUGCUCUUAGCAGCAGCAAAGCAGAAACCACACCAGGAUUCCUGACAGCUCUCAGUUGCCUGUGACAGUAGGAGCAUAAAGUUGCUGUGGGGGGACGGUUUGUUUGCUAUGGUGAGCUGUUUGUUGGCCAGCAGAGUUGGGCUUGGUGUUUACAAGAAGCCGGUGAUUCAGAAAGCACUGAUUUGAAAUCAGAUGUUGAGGUGGAAUGGCUUGGGCAGUGAGUGAUGAGAGCUGUGUGUGAGAGUUGAGUCAGUUUGCCUCCACUGUUUUUGAUGUUGUAGCAACAAGUACCACAGGGCCAGUGGCAGCUUCCCUCAAAGGCAGUACUCGGUCUGCAGGCACUUUUCACCAGCAGCAGCACUGCACGGGGAACCCCUCGUUGACAAAUCAGUUCAGUAGGCAUCUCUUCAGCAGCUAUUGAUCCAUAUCUUGAAACUAGCACAGCUGAAUAUUCUUGGGGGAGCCGGGGUAAAGCAAGGUGGAGUUGCUACACUGUAAGACUGGGCAGCAAGAUCUGUUGGACCAGAGCCCUACAGCAGGCUGGCUCUGGAAGGACAGCAGGGUGUGUGUGUGUGUAUAUACACAUAGUUAAGAAGGAUGUGCCAAUGUGCUGGCCAAACUGCUUGCAGGAGCACAAGUGGCAGCAGAAGUGAGCACGUGAGGGCAGGGCAGCAUGCCCUUUGGUCAGCAGUACCAGCCAGGGGAAGGUUUUAUUCUCCAAGUUUCUGGAGAAUUUUUGACUGCUUUGUCACCUUGGAUGGUGCUGUCACCCCUAUUAGCUGGAUUGCGCUAGUGUUCAUGGUCGUACCGCCUUUGUCCUGCUGUGUGUAUCGGCCAUGUGCUGGCACAGCUGUUUGAGCAAAUGGCAGGUAGCAUCUGACUGAGCCAUUACUCCUUCUGUCCUCAGCUUCUGGAAACACAAAAGGCUUAGAAGACGAGAACUGGUCUUUCUUGAAAAAGAAAGACUGAUACAUUAGUGCCACCCUUACAAAUGAGUCUCAGUCCCUGUUGCUACAGUUUUGCCUCUGAUGAGCUGCGUAGAGCCAAGGCAUUUUCCAAGCCUAAGAGGAGUUAAACUUCUUCAUGCUAGUCUCACAAGUGUGUUUAUAAAUUCACUUCUCCUUACUCACUGCUGCAGCUAGCCUGUGAACUACAGCUGCUCUCCGUUCGGUCCAGUGAGUUGCCUGGCUUAGCAAGCUCCUCCCCAAAGGAAGACUUCAGUAUAAUGUCAAUUACUUUACUAAAAGGAGAUUCCCCCCCCCCCCCCACUUAGUGUUCAUCAGUCAGGGAACAGCUGUCACUAGUGGGUUGGUAUAAACUGGAAUAGAUAAUCGUGAAGGUUGUCCUUGGAGUGAGAAGCUGGUAACUGCUCUACCCAGCCAAGAACUAUGCUGUGGCUGAUCUGAGUUUGUGGCUGAUCUGAGGGUCUACUGCUGCAUUAUCAGCUGGCAGUGGGUUUUCAGAGGGGCCCCAGCUGCUAGGAAAUGCAAGUCUGCAUUUAGCUUUUCUUUCACUGAAGCAGUAAUAGGUAUUUUUGAAAAGGCAUGCAAGUAUAACUGCUAUUCAG